AUGCCCCCCGUCGCUGACGAUGCCCUCCCCCACACCGCAGAUUUCCACCUCUCCUCCGUCGAGUUCUUCACCCUCCGCAGCCCCGCCCUCUCCUUCCAGGGCUUCUCACAUCCCCGCGACGACCCCCGCCGCACCGCCCCCGCCGCCUCCCACGACGAGGCCCGCACACACAGCAACAUCGCCCCCGUCCCCCUCCGUCCCGACAAGCUGCCGCGCGGACGUGCCCCCCGGCGCCGCAAGCCCGACGCAGGCUCCGCCGAGCGCCGCCCCGCGAGCACCACCACCACCACCACCCCCACCCCCACCAGCAACCGCUCGCCCCAGCCCCGCCCCGACCCCCCGCCCUCCACCAUCGCCGCCAUCCGCAGCGAGCUCGACCUCGCCCGCGCCGACCUCGCCCGUGCCCACGCCGACGCCGCAAAGCUCGCAGACCGAUGCAAGGCCCUCGACCGCGCGCUCAAGGACGCGGCCGACGCCGCACGCGCCCGCGACAACGACCUCGACGGCCUCGCACGCGAGCGCGACCAGCUGCGCCAGGACCGCGACCAGCUGGCGCAGGACCGCGACCGCAUCGCGCAGGACCGCGAUCAGCUCCGCAAGGACUUGGAUCAGCUGCUCGCCGAGCGCCCGUCUCGCGCCCAGCCGCCCGAUCGCCCCGCCCCGCCGCUGAGGCCCGACUCGCGCCAGGGUGAUCGCCCCGCCGCGCGCAGGGACGCGCCCUUCGAUCUCGACGACAAGCGUCACGGACGCCCCCGCAGCCCGUUCCCCAGCCGUCGACACAAGUCCACCCCGCCGACUCAGAGACCGCUCUCCGGCACCAUAGACCCCUCCCCGCCGUCCUCCUCCUCCUCGACCACCCUCUCCUCGACCUCCUCCUCGACCUCAUACUCGCUCUCCUCCUCGACCAAACCAAACGACCCCUUCCUCACCAAGACAGACAGCUGGUCCGGCGCCGAAGUCCUCGUCGCCGUCCAGGACCUCAACUCCGAGAUCCUCCAGCUCGCGGCAGCCGCGACGGAGCUCGUCCCCGCGACCGAGAAGCGCACCAAUAAGCAGCAGCCGCAGCCGUCGCCCGCCGCCGCCGCCACGGCGCGCCUCGCGCACGCCGCCAAGGACACUGUCGCGCGCCUCGGGCAGCCGUUCGCGCGCCUGCUCGCGACGCGCGACCACGCGCAGGACUCCGUCCUCAUCCAGUGCGCGCUGCAGGCCUGCGCCGCCGCGCACGCCGCGCGCCUGCUCGCGAUGUUCUGCGUCGGGCUCCCCGCGCCGACCAACGCGCUCUUCUGCCAGCUGCACGCGCACAUGCACGCCACCGAGCCCCAGGCGACGUCGUCCCGCUGGCGCGCGCUCGCGUCGAGCCACCUCCGGCAGCUGUACCCGGCCCUCGAAGAAGACACCGUGGGCGACUUCAUCGAGACCGUCGCCCGGUCCUUCGCCGACGUCUUUCUGCUCUGCGGGUACGCGGGCGGCGAGAGCCCGAACCCAAACUUAAACGCGAGCCCAAGCCAGAGCCCGAGCGCGGGCGCGGGCAACCCGGCCUCCGCCGAAUCGCUCAAGCGCCAGUUCGCGGCGCAGAUGCGCCGCAUCGCGCUCGCGGCGUGCCGCCUCGCGCGCGUCACCGCGGAGGAGAUCAUGUCGACGCGCUUCGAGGUCGUCCUCGCCGAGCCCGCGCGCGCGUUCGACGCAGUGGCGAUGGCGAACGCGUUUGCGGGGCUCGGCUCGGAGGCGGGGGCGGGGGCGGGGGCGGGGCGCGGCCAGGUGCUGUGCACGACGGAGCUCGGGCUGCGGUGUGCGACGCGCAAGCACGCGCUCGCGCUCGUGGGCGUGAGCGUGAGCGAGGACGGGAUGGAGCGCACGAUGCUGUUGAAGCCGAAGGUGGUGUUGGACACCGUCGCGCAGGUCCUGGAGCACUCUGCGGACCCUGCUGCGUGA